AUGUGCUCGGCCGAGGUGGACGCGCACGUAGCGCAGCGGUUCCUGCUGAAGCGGCGGCUCGGGAAGGGGGCCUAUGGGAUCGUGUGGAAGGCGGUGGACCGGAGGACUGGCGAGGUCGUGGCCAUCAAGAAAAUCUUCGAUGCCUUCAAGGACAAGACCGAUGCCCAGAGAACGUUCCGGGAAGUCACGCUGCUCCAGGAGUUUGGGGACCAUCCAAACAUCGUUAGGUUCCUGGAUGUGAUCCGGGCGGAGAAUGACAGGGACCUGUACCUGGUGCUUGAGUUCAUGGACACGGACCUGAACUCCGUCAUCGCCAAGGGCUCGCUGCUCAAGGACGUGCACAAGCGCUACAUCUUCUACCAGCUGCUGCGGGCCGCCCGCUUCCUGCACGCCGGCCGCGUCAUCCACCGGGACCUGAAGCCAUCCAACGUCCUCCUGGACGGCCGCUGCCUGGUGAAGCUCUGCGACUUCGGCCUCGCGCGCUCGCUGGGCGGCCUCCCCGAGGGCCCCGAGGGCCCGGCCCUGACGGAGUACGUGGCCACACGCUGGUACCGGGCUCCGGAGGUGCUGCUGUCCUCCAGCUGGCCCCGGCAGGAGCUGGACACCCUCCUGCCCCCGGACACGCCCCCCGAGGCCCUGGACCUCCUCCGGCGGCUCCUGGUGUUCGCCCCCGACCAGCGGCUGAGCGCGGCGCAGGCCCUGCAGCACCCCUACGUGCAGAGGUUCCACUGCCCGGCCCGCGAGUGGGCGCUGGAGGCGGAGGUGCGGCUCCCGGUGCCCGAAGGAGUCCAGCUGUCGGCGCCCGAGUACCGCAGCCGCCUCUACCAGAUGAUCCUGGAGCGCAGGGCCGGCGGCCGCGCCCCCAGAGAGACGGGCCAGGGGGACGCGCCGGUGCCGCCCGCGGGGGCCCCGGGGGCGGAACUCGGCGCCUCCCGGGCCCAGGCGUGCGCGCCCCAACCCGGAGCCGCGCCCCCGCCGCCCGCGCAGGACUGCGGACUCGGCCCGGCGCACGGCGCCCCCCGCGGAGCCCAGAACCCCAGGCAGCACUCGGCGCCCCCGCUCCAGCCUCCGCCCCCGCGAGGCGGGGGGAGCGGUGAGAGGCCCCCCGGGGCGGCGGCGGAGCCCCCCUCGUGGGCGAAGCCCGGCGCGCACGCAGCGCCCUCCCUGGCCGCGCAGGCCGCCGCGCAGGGGGCCGUCCAGGCUCUGGUCCGGAGCCACCGGGACCCCGGCCGCGGGGCGAGGGCGGCCAGCGCGCCACGGGUCCCCCUGGCGCGCCCCGCGGAGGCCCGGCCGGGCCGCAGGAUGUUCAGCGCCGCGGCCUCGCAGGGGGCGCAGGGGGCCGCACGGGCCGCGCUCGGGGGCUACUCCCAGGCCUACGGCACCGUCUGCCGCUCGGCGCUGGGCCGCCUGCCCCUGCUCCCUGGACACCGCGUGUGA